AUGAAUUGCAACAAACUUUUGAAUCAGCAAGAUUUCAUACAGCUCCUUGAUUGGGAAGAACAUGGCUACUACGCAUCAGAGCUGUUGCCAAUGAUUCACCAGAUUUUCCCACCAGCAGUGCCCCCAUCUGCUCAGCCAUCCACCCCAGCACAAAGCAAUACUGUGGUUCAGCCUUGCACAAAACAAUGUGGCAACUGCAAGAAUAUGGCCACAAUGCUUGAACUUGCCCUGAACCAUGCAAGAAUUGUCACCAGAGUGGUCAUACUAAGAUCCAUUGUCCAAACAAGGAAAAUUCUUCUGCUUGAUCAAUCUCCUGCCCAGGACAUUGUUAAUUAA